CUUUUAAAGACCUGGUCAAGCAAGACGCGCAGAGGUUGACCGCAGAGUUACCCCAAGAUCAGGUGCGCGUUGCCCCACACAGGUGCAUUCCUGUCUGGAAUUUUGAGACAGGUCGGUCACGCUUCCUCUAUAAAUACAGAUCCCGGGUCAUGUGUGACGCAGAGCUGAUGUUCACGAACGGACAAGAUGCAGUCCCGUCAAUCUGAUGAGAAGAAGGGCAUCCCCGCACCGGACGGGUGCUUCCUCAUGUGGCACGACUACAUGGAUCUGCGGAGAACCCUAUCGGAGCUGUUCAAGGGAGAACCCGACGGUGAUGCUGCGAGGUGGGAUCGAGGCGUCGUGAAACCCCGCCCCCGGAGCCAGGGCAUCGGUUCCGCGGGCAGCAGCGUGUCGUCGAACCCGGACCAGCGGAACUCCCGCGACACCUGCGGCUUCUGCAAGCAAAACGGAGAGAGUUUGGAGAUUUACACGAGCCACAGACUUAAGAGCAGAGACGGACAGGUCAUCUGCCCGAUCUUGAGGAACUACGUGUGUCCUUUCUGCUCGGCCACAGGGGACCGGGCGCACACCCGGCAGUACUGCCCCGUGAGGAACAACCAUCAUCACAUGAAAGAACACUGAGACACUGUUUGCUUUGGAUGUCAACAUGUGAGUUUGUGGGGCUCUGUUUCAGACGUGUUUAUAUAAAUAUGUAUGUUCAAAUACAUCAUUGUUCAUUGUUUAAGUUAUCGGUUACAAAUGAAUAUA